AUGAGUGAAGAUCAGAAAAAUACCAAUACUGUCACUGAAUUUAAUUCAGUAAAGACAGAGUACGACGAAAAUCCUUUAUUAUCAAUUAAUAAAAUUACUAUAGCUCCAAAUAAUACACCUGAAAAUAGUCCCUCUAAUAUAUUAAAACAUGAACCUUCUCCAUCCAGACAAGAUACUGGUUUAAUACAUUCUGGGAUUCAUGAUCUUUCCACUUCAUCACCAUCAACCACUACUUCUAGUGCUACAACUACUAAUAUAACGAAUUCUCCACUGGUAGCACCGCCACCACCUCCACAACGUUCAAUGAUCGUUAUGAAUGAAAAUGGUAAUAAUAAUAAUUUUACCGCGCACAAAGGCGGCAAUUUUUUUGUUCGUUCAAUUUCAAAGGACGGUAACAAAAAAAACAACGGCGGCGGCGGCGCGGAUAAUAAUAAUACCCAUAAUAAUAAAGAUAAUUCAAUUGAAGUUAAAACUACGAAUAAUAAUAAUAAUAAUAAUAAUAACAAACAAGAUAAUGAUAGCAAUUAUAAUAGUAAAAUAAUUUCAGAGAACAAUACUAUCAUGGAUGAUAACCAUACUAAUCAACAUAAUAAUAGUAUGAACACUAACAAGAAUAAUCCUAACGAUAUAUUAAAACAAAAUAAUUCAUCAACAUUGGAGGAUCACUCGUCUCAACAAAAUAGUAAUACUAAGAGAAGAAAUACAGUAAUUGCAAGUGAUUUACAUUUUGAUUCAACAAAGACAAGAACUGAUCCAAAUGUGAAAUUAGAACAGUCCACUUUAAAAAUGUCCUCUUGGAUGCAUUCAAAAUAUGAUGAUAAUGAAUAUUCUUUAAAUGAAAAUAAUAAAUCUAAAAAUGAUUCAAAUGAAAAAAAAACUCCACCAAGUAGUAGCGUAAGUACUGCUGUGAUUACAACCUCUAGAUCAAGUGAUUUGGUUCCUAGUAGUUCAGAUUCACAAUAUCCUUCAAAUAUUUUAAGGAAUAAAAAUAAUCCAUCAUCUAAUGAUGGUUUACUCACAGAAAACUCAAAUAAAUUAUCAAGAGAUGCUUUUUUAGUCUCAAGUAAUAAUGAUGCAUUAACUUCUCCUAAAUUACCAAAAUUAAAUUCAUUUGGUAAAUUAGAGGAAGAAAGAAGUAGACUAAACUCAAGUGGAAGUAACGAUUUAUCACAUUAUCAUGAACAAUUCGUCACUUCAUCAGUAGAUCAAUCAAGAAUACCGACAGGGAAACAUCAUCAACAAAUUCCUGCAAAUUUUAUCCUAAAUAAUAAUCGUCCUACUACAAAACCAGAUUUACCAAGUAGUGCACCAACUGAUACAUUAUCACAAACACCAACAAGUCAACCAAAAAUUAUUAAUUCAAAAUUUGAUGGUUUAAGAACAAGAUUAUUAAAUAACCCUAAAAUUAACAAACCAAGAAGACAUAGUGAAGAAGAAGACGUCAUGGGUAAUGCUGCCGCUGUAUUAUCAAAUAUGAGAUCUUCACCAUUUAAAUUCGGUGAUAAAACAUUACCUCCAUUAAAUUCAUUAACAGUUGCCACAGCCACAAAUACUGCUACAUCAACUACUACAGAUACAGUAUUACCAAGACCUCAUUCAGCUUCAUUUUCUUCUCGUGGUAGUCAUUCAUAUACAAGACCUAGGGUAGUCAUUCACGGAGCUGAGAUAGACCCUAAAGAUACUGAAAAUGCUCUUUCACAAUCUUCAACUGAUGAUGAAAAGUUGAAAAAUGAUCCACAUGAAAUUUAUGAUAAUAAAUCAAAAGAUGAAUAUAUACAGGAACCUGUUAACUGGAAUAAAAAUGGGAAAAGGGUAAGUACUACACAUAUCGACUCAGACAAAAUAAAACAUAUUAAAAAUGAUCCAAAGUAUGUACUGAUUGCUUCUGCAAAACCACCUCCCCAACAAAAUGAAUCCACUAAAGAUCCAUAUGGCUUAAAUUUAAAGAAAGGACAAAAGAAGGUCAGAAUGGAACCGUUAUCUCCUGAAGUUCUCAAGGCAAACAUAAGCGGUGCUCGAAAUUCGUUUAGGGUAAUUUCGAAUGGACAGUCGGGAAAGGUAGGUCCUACCGGAACAAGGUCAAGAACAGGUUGUUGGAUCUGUAGAUUAAGAAAGAAAAAAUGCACAGAGGAGAAACCAUCGUGCAUUAAUUGUUCAAGACUGAAUUUAACUUGUUAUUAUGAUGAAAGGAGACCUGAUUUUGUAUCAGAUCCAGUCAAGAAGGCGGAAAAAUUGUUAGAGAUAAAGAAAUAUACAAGAGAAGCUAAAAAGAAUGCUAUGAGGAAACGAACAUAUAUUCAAUCUCCGACAGAAAGUGAAACUUCUUCGGGUGCAGUACAGUAA